AUGCUAUGGUAUAUUUCUUCCAUCAGUAGCAUUCUUAUCAUCUCAAUCCAAGCACAUGCCAUCGCGGAUGCUGCACUAAAUGCGGCUUGUGAUCAAAACCCAUCGUUGCCACAAUGUCUGAGUAAAAAUAAGGCAAUGGGAGCGACAACCACCUCUCUAGAAGAAAAGACGGGAGACGAAAAAGAACGUUUUCGCCAAGCUGCUGCUGACCGGGCAGCCUGUAUUGAACUGAGGGAAGAAUACAUUAAAGUAUGUGCAAUUAGCAGCAGUCGUAAAGUCGAAAGUGAGUCAAAAGAAUUUUGUGAUGCUUAUGAAACCGUUUGCUUCGAAAUAUCGGAAGGGGAGCCUGACCAACCAACAAUCUCAACUCGACUUUGUGUACGCACAAAUUUACUUCGAACUCCGAGUAAUUUUAGUUAUACAGCAAUACCAACUUCAACACCAGUUCCAAGGCGAACAGCGAAAGACUACACAGAGCUAUGCCGUGAAUACAAGCAACGGUAUUUAUACGUCUGCCCCGACCCGUUCCGUUUCGGCCAAAAAGCAAUUAUAUUUUGCCCUCUGUACGCACAAAAAUGUCACGUUCCCCUACCCGACAAACCAGUUCUUCCAACCAGAGCUCCGCCGUAUGGUAUCUCCAGGUCAGUUUCAUCAACCGUAGAUCGUUUGUGCGCUCAAUACAGAACUUUUGCCGUAACAUACUGUAACGAACCGAGCAUCUUAGCUCAGCCUCGAUACAGGGAUGCUUGUGACAAGUAUAAUCGUUUUUGUAUACGAGGACGAUAA